CUAGCUGUGUUUUUCUAUUACUAAUGGUGGAUUUCAAAUAUUUUAGAGAUGCGUAGCUUUUGGAUGAACGCAACUUGGAAGAGAAAGAACUCUUUUUCGGGGCUUUAACUUUUCUGGUUUAGGUUAACGAUGAGCCACGAUGAUAUCGCGAUUGAUAUUAGGUCGAUGCUGGAGAGAGCGGAGCCACACGUAACUGAUGAGUGUUGCAUCUACCGAGUGCCCUUUGGUAUUCGCAGACUCAACGAAGAUGCCUACACCCCAAAGGUUGUUUCCAUAGGUCCUUUUCACCACAACAGCCAUCCUCGCCUCCAAAGCAUGGAAAAUUACAAACUCCAUUAUUGCAAAACAUUUCUCGCAAGAACCCAAAGAAGUUUGGACGACUGGAUCUGCUACAUAGAAGAAAUAGAGUUACCUUUCCGUCGCUGUUACUCAGACCCCCUUGAGUUCAGCAAAGAAGAUCUGGUGAAGAUCAUCUUCGUGGAUUCAGGUUUUAUAAUUGAACUCUUUUGGAAAUGUUAUUAUGAUGAAUUGGCAAAGGAUGACAUGUUUAUUAGAAAUCCUUGGUUGUUCACUAAUAUAAAAUUAGAUCUCUUGUUACUUGAGAACCAGCUUCCUUUUUUUGUUCUCGAUAGUCUCUUCAAUAGUUGUAUCUCCUCCCCUAGUUCAAUAAUCCCUUCUUUUAUUGAGCUUACAUUUGAAUAUUUUGCGGAUUUCAAUAGAUCCAACUUGCUUUAUGAUAAUGUUCGCAUAAGGCACUUCACGGAUCUCAUAAGAACUUUUCACUUACGAUCUGAGCCUGGACCCCCUAGGCAUUUGGAAUUAGUGAAACAUCUUCCUAGUGCUACUGACUUGUUAGAAGUUGGAGUGAGGUUUAGGGCAAAAGUCAAAAGUACCUGCUUACUAGACUUGAACUUUUCGAAAGGGGUUCUUGAAAUCCCACAGUUGAUAGUGGAAUAUUGGACUGAGCCUUUGUUUCGCAAUAUGAUAGCUUUGGAGCAGUGUCACUACCCUUUCGAAUCCUAUAUUACAGACUAUGCUAAUGUAAUGGACUUCCUUGUAAACACUAGCACGGAUGUGGAUAUAUUGAUUAAAACUGAAGUACUAGUUAACCGGCUUGGGGAUACUAUUCCUGUGGCUAACAUGUUUAAUGGUCUUUUAAACAAUAUUACGCAAACAAGUGGCAAUCCCAGUUACCUUGCAAUCUGCCGAGAGUUGAAUGCUUUUUAUAGAAAUCCUUAUCAGCAUUUGAAGUGGACUCUGAGGCGUGAUUAUUUUAGAACUCCUUGGCAAACUGCUGUUAACAUUGGUGGAAUUUUUCUCCUUAUUCUCACUUUGGUUCAAUCGGUUUGUUCCGUCUUGCAAGUAAUACAGCAAUUUGGGGUAUUGUAGCAGAUUAAUGGUUCUUUGCAAAUUCACUCAGCAGUACGGAAUGGAUGCUGCUCUUUAUGUCUAGGUCUAUGGGGCAAAAUGUGAUCUCAAGCCAGCUCCAGGGUUGCGAGAUAGCUAGUUUAAUUUCAUUAGUCUGUUUCCCAAGUAAACCAGAAUGUUGUGUAUCUCUAUUGUUCUAUGAUUUUCAUUAGAAUGUUGUAUAAACCAUUCAUGCAACUUA